GACCAAACAACCCACGUCUCCCAGUGUUCGUUGUAUAACAAUAUUAAUGGCCUUGGAUGAAACCAACUCGCUGUCUCGGCUCUUUGAACAGUUCCCUGACCAUGAAAAGUUCAUCACGCAUAUCACGGGUGCGACGUCAUCCUUCGUCCUCCCAUUCUUGUACAUUACCGACCGCCACAAUCCGCGCAUCACCGCAUUAGUGCUAGAUCAGAUCUACCGCAACAAUGGAGACUAUUCUCCUACGCGUUUUGCGCACAUAAACGCGGCAGCAUGCUUUACAGCGCGCUUGCUGUAUGAUACCGUACUCAACGCACUCGCAGGAUGGGAAGUAGCCUGGGAGAAUGGGUGCCAAAACUGGCCUGGUGAGGAUGGAAAAAGGUACAACGACAGUAUCGAUAGCUUUGUACACGGACUCCGGAAUCUGCGAAACAAAUCCUGGGAGGGAAAGGCUAAAGGGGACGGUAGAGCUGUCAGUGAGGAACCGACGAUGGUGCUCCUCAUCGAGAGAGCUGAGAGGUUGAAGGACAACCUCUUGGACCUUAUUGUUCCACUCACCCGUCUCGCAGAACUGUCACAGGUGAGGAUAACGACUAUCUUGCUAUCCUCUGUGCGAUGGGAGGAUAUCAAGCCACCUCUUGGCGCAUCCCCCGAUCCCUACUUCAUCGAUAUUGAUCCUCCAAGCAAACAAGACACAGUUGACAGCCUUCUUUUUGCGUUUCGUUCUACGUCCACAGCACAGGUAUGCGCAGGCACGCAGGAUAGGACGUACCACCCAUCGCUACUGCCGCUGUACGAACAAUAUGUGGAACAUGUCUACAAUGUUUGCUCUCUCUACACAACAGAUAUCCAGGAACUGCAGUAUAUUGCCGCUGCGCGAUGGCCUGGGUUUGUUAAACCUGUGUUACAGGAGCAAGGCGAAGCUAAUGGGGACGGGGACCCAGACCCAGACGGAACAUGUAAUGAACUGACACUCCCUGCUUCUGACGGCCGCAUGAGACUGCUCAAGUUCUUCACGCCUUCUUUGACGGUGGCACUUGAUGCGCUUUACCCACGCUUGACCAACGCUACGGACUGGGCAGCAGCCAACGACCCUGACAUGCAAGCAUCAGAGAAGGCACAAUCCCAAACAAACACGGAAGCGAGCAUCAUCGUUGACCACCUACCACGCAUGUCCAAGUUCAUCUUACUCGCGGCGUUCCUGGCUUCGACAAAUCCUGCCAAAAGUGACGUGCGAAUGUUUGGUCGCGGAGCGGAUAAGCAAAAAAGGCGACGUCGGCGAUCUGCGUCACCAAAGAAGGCCGGGGCGCAGACAACUGUUGCAAAGGUUUCACAAAGACUACUUGGCCCUGUGGUAUUCCCACUGGAUAGGCUUGUCGCAAUUCUUGGCGCUCUCUUGGAGGAGAAUGAUGUCGAAAGCCGGCCUCAUGAUCCUUCCUUUGAACUCCCAGGAGAGCACACCGACAUGGAAUUGGGGCGAGUACACAUUUACGCCGCAAUCACUGAGCUCACGUCUAUGCGCGCUCUACAUCGCACGACUGCUGUCGAGAAACUAGAGGGACCACCUCUGUACAAAUGCGGAAUUUCAUUUUGGGUAGCGAUGGCUCUCGCGAAAGAUUUACAGUUCAUUUCUGAAUCUGCAGCUUUCCCUUUACAACGACUCGAUUCAGAGCUCAAAAACUCCACCGAUCUCGAGAGUGAGGUUACUGGGGAUAAGCAGGUUGACGACCAUGUGCAACCUCUAAGCUCGACUUCUGCAUUCACUAGUUCCAUCAAUAGUGCAGACUUUGAUGACCCAAACCUCGACCCUUCACAUGGCCCGGAAUUUGACGACGAGUCGCCUUAUCCAGAGGUUCGAUCUGCCGUCGCAAACACAGACGAUCCGUCCAUACAUGUGACAACGCUUCGUACAUGGGUUCUAGGCUUGGCCUGGGCAAUUGUUAUGCCUGGUGUCAACCAGUUUUUCUUCUUCCGCUAUCCCAGCGUGCCCAUCACUGGCAUAGUCGCUCAGCUGCUCUCGUUUCCAAUAGGCCGCCUCUGUGCUGCUUAUCUUCCCCGAAUAAAAAUCUUGGGCAUUUCGCUAAAUCCUGGUCCCUUCACCAUCAAGGAGCAUGUGUUGAUAACAAUCAUGGCUUCAGUGGGCGCUUCAUCCGCCUAUGCAACAGACAUUGUUGCCGUGCAAAGAGUUUUCUAUGAUCAGAAAUUCAGUUUCGGGUAUCAGUGGUUUUUGGUGAUGUCAACACAACUCAUUGGCUUCUCCACUGGGGGAAUCACACGACGGUUUCUUGUAUCGCCUCCAAGCAUGAUCUGGCCCGUAACUCUCGUCAGCUGCGCGCUCUUCAAUACUCUUCACUCUGAGCAGUAUGCAGGUAUCGGGCAACUAGGCGGCUUAAGUCGAGAACGUUUCUUCAUCUAUGUUUUCACAAGUGCAUUCGUGUGGUACUUUUUCCCUGGUUACCUAUUCCAAGCCCUUUCGUGGUUUUCCUGGGUAACAUGGAUUUGGCCCGACGAUCCUGUUGUCUCACAGCUCUUCGGUUAUGUCCACGGUAUGGGAAUGUCCGUGAUAACAUUUGACUGGGCCCAAAUUGCAUACAACGGGUCACCACUAGCCAUGCCUUGGUGGGCAACGGCGAACGUUAUUGUUGGCUUUGUAGUUUUCUAUUGGAUAGUAACGCCUAUAUUAUAUUUCACAAAUACUUGGUAUUCUCUAUACAUGCCUAUAUCGUCAAGGACCUCCUUCGACAACAGACAAAAGACGUACAACGUUACUCGGAUAUUGACAUCAGAAAGCACUUUCAAUGAGACAGCAUACAAGGAGUACAGUCCAAUAUUUAUUCCAACGGCGUUCCUGAUGUCUUAUGGUCUCUCAUUCGCCUCCAUCACUGCGACUAUCGUUCAUUGCUUUAUUCAUUUUCGGAAGCAAAUUUGGCAUCAAGCACGACGGUCACUCGGGGAACAGGCAGACGUUCAUGCUCGCCUUAUGAGUCGAUACCCCCAAGUUCCUGAAUGGUGGUACUUAACCCUGUUCGCUCUCAUGUUUGCAUUGGGUGUCCUCAGCAUCGAGAUUUGGCCUACAGAGAUGCCUGUUUGGGCGUUUAUAAUAUCGCUCAUGAUUGCAUUCACCUAUGUGAUUCCAUGCGGUAUGAUACAGGCAAUUACCAAUCAGCAGAUUGGGUUGAACGUAAUCACAGAACUGAUCAUCGGAUAUUCGUUACCUGGCAAACCGGUAGCAAUGAUGCUAUUCAAGACCUACGGCUAUAUUUCCAUGGCUCAAGCCUUGACAUUUACGUCCGACUUCAAACUUGGUCACUACAUGAAAAUUCCUCCUCGAAAAAUGUUUUGGUGCCAGAUCGUGGCUGCUAUAGUCGCUGGAACCACGCAAUUGGGCGUUCAAUCGUGGAUGUUCUCUACCAUACCAGACAUAUGUUCUCCCACUCAAAAAGACGGUUUCACCUGUCCUAACACGGAGGUAUUUGGUACCGCAUCCAUCAUCUGGGGUGUAAUCGGCCCAGAACGCUUGUUUAAUUCCGGGCAACUAUAUCAGUCCUUAUUGGUGUUCUUCAUUAUCGGAGCAGUGACCCCUGUCUUGGGUUGGCUGGCGAUGAAGCGGUACCCAAACAGUUUCAUACGAUACGUCAACCCGCUAAUAUUUAAUGGCACCUACAAGAUUCCCCCAGCUUCUGCGCUAAAUUAUGUACCAUGGGCGAUUGUCGGGUUCAUCUUCCAGUAUGUCAUCCGAAGGCGCAAUUUUGCAUGGUGGACGAAAUACAAUUAUGUUUUAUCGGCGGCACUGGAUUCUGGACUAGCUGUUUCUAUCAUCUUCAUAUAUUUUGUAUUGCAAUAUCCGGCAAACGGGGCGAUCGGAGAGAGCUUGCAACAUUGGUGGGGCAACACGGUAUUUAAUACAACCGCUGAUGGUAUGGGUACUCCAGUUCGCCAGCUACAGAGCUCAGAGACAUUUGGCCCAAGUAUGGGAUCUUGGUAACCACCGCAGUGUAUCUUUCUUGCUUUGAAUGUAGAGUUAUUUUGUUGUAUAUAAUAUGGACUUGUACUGCGUUCCCGCAUAAUGACACACACAGAC